AUGAAACGCGCAAAGUGUAACAAAUCACUCACGUUCACAAUUUUUCUCCUCUUAUAUGUGAACGGUGCGGUCCACGUGAGUGCAAACGAAUUGAAUGGAACGGACGGGGGGGAUGUUCCCAACCAGAAGGACAUCACCAAGGAUUACAGCAUCUUUGAGCGAAUUACAAGUGAAGGGCAAAGCGCAAGUGGAAAAGAUGACAGCCCUAUCUCCCAGAGUAACACACCACAGGGGGAAGAAGCAAGUGAUGGAAAGCAAGGCAAUACCCCCCUCGAUGAGAAAAAUAGUGCAAAAGAUGUAGAAGCACAUUUCAUACGGGAAGGACAUGAUAAAGUGACCCAUAGUGAUGUGGGCACAGAGGAGGGGAAAGCCACGGGCCAUGUGCAAAAGAAUGCCAACUUGAGGAGCACGUCUUAUUUCUCCACGCAGGGCGCGGUAAGCCAGGCGUAUAACUUCGUUCAGGAGAAUCACCCCCAAUUGGACAAUAAUGGGGCGAACGUUGAACAGGUGGCGAGGGGUCAGGAUGAUGUGGGUUCGACCGAAAAUGGUGAGGGAAAUAGCGGCGGUGAAGGAAAUCCCCUAGGAAGUGACAAGCCAGGUGGUAAACCUGAAGAUGCAUCUAAAGACACUCCUGGAAAUAACCCUGAAGAAUCUCCAAACCGGAACCAAGAGAAGGGAGAAAAAGAAAAGAAGGAGAGGGGCGAUACGGAUAACCCCAAUAGAGGUAAAACCAGCGAGAAGGCAGACCAACAGGGCGGCAACCAUCCAAAUGGUCUAUCCCCAGAUGAAAAGAACAAUCCAAAGACACAUAAUAACCACAGUGAGUCCAUCACCAAUCCGGGUGAUGUUGGUGCACUCGAUGGUGAAGAAAAUGGAGAGGGAGACGAUCAAACGGGUAUAUCGCCUACCGAAGAACAUCCUACGGGGGAUGCUCCCCCUUCGGACCACGCCGAGAAGAUAAAGAACACGCUGCUGAAGGAGGGGAUAGACUUGAAGGAAACGACGAGCAUGAUCGAUAACGCCGUGUACAACAUGGAGCAGUUCAUUUUAAAAACGAAAUUCUACACCACGGCAAUCAGAAAUUUUGUGCACUUCAAGGUUAACCAUAUUUGUGAGUAUUCCAAAUGUGGGGCCAACGCUCGCUGCUAUAUUGUGGAGAAGGACAAGGAGGAGUGCAGGUGUAGAGCUAACUACAUGCCUGAUGAUAGUGUAGACUAUUUUAAGUGCAUACCUAUGGUGGAGAAGGACUGCUCGAAGGAGAAUGGGAAUUGUGAUGUGAAUGCGGAGUGCUCCAUCGAUAAGAAUAAGGAUAUAAAAUGCCAGUGUAAGUUCAAUUACAUUGGGGAUGGGAUUUUCUGCGUCAUGGGUUCUCAGGCGAAGCAGUCGCUGUGCCUGCUGCUGCUUCUGCUGAUUUGCCUCCUCCACAAGUUUCUUUUUUAG